AUGGAUGCCUAUUGGGGAUCUCUAGCCGUGUUUGCAAACACUGAUACAGAUCAUCCUUAUCUUCCAAGCAUAGACAAACCAGUCUGGAUUUUGGGCGAAGAACAUAGCGCUUUAAAUGACCAAGAGGAGAUAGCUAACGAUAUUCGUUCGAGAUUGUGGUUCACAUACCGACGAGGUUUCGCGCCGAUUGGGGGUGAAAAGGGCCCCACUACGGACACUGGUUGGGGCUGCAUGCAUCGGUGCGGCCAAAUGCUGAUUGGUCAGGCGCUGGUGCACCUCCACUUAGGUCGAGAGUGGAGGUGGAAUCCCGAUCGCCUGGAUCGAUCGUACUUGCGGAUCUUGAAGAUGUUCGAAGAUAAGCCGACCGCACCUUAUUCUAUUCACAAAAUAGCUUCCAAAGCUGCAUCAGAUGACAAUAAGACCGUCAGCAGCUGGUUAGGACCCAAUACUGUUGCCCAAAUUCUUAAGAAGCUCUCUGCCAGUGAUCGGUGGACAAACCUUGUUGUUCAUGUUACAACGGAAGAUGGAAUUGUAAUGCAGGAAAUAAAAAGUCUCUGUCGUCGAAGCGCCUCGGCUCGGAAUUCUAAAAUCGCAGCGAUCGAUGAGUCAACUUGCAAUAAGGACACCUCACCACCUUCUCCCAUCUCCCACGAUUCCCUUCACCUCUCUGCAGAGCGAAAAAAUAGCGACAGACCAGUUAUUGUGAGCAGUCCGAUAACCGUGGAGGUGGAUGAUGAGAGUGUGGCAAUAAUCCUCCCCCCGGUCUAUAACAUGUCUUUUCCCUCCGGAGACGACUCCUCUCCUACCUCGGAGGUCUUCUCCGUACUCACUACUACAACCGCCGCUUCUUCCACGUGGCACCCCUUGUUCCUCGUUCUUCCUCUUAGACUCGGCCUCCACGAGUUCAAUAUGCGCUACGCACCUGCGCUUCAAGGCCUGUUCAAGCUGCGCCAGUGCGUGGGUGUGAUAGGUGGGAGACCAAACCACGCUCUCUGGUUGAUCGGGAGUGUGGGGGACGACGAGGUGCUCUGCCUCGACCCCCACACCACACAAGCGGCGGCGAUUCUGGGCGAGCCGGCGCCGGGGGUUAGCGAGGAGGCUGCCUCGCUGGACGGCUCCUUCCACUGCACCACUCCCCUCCGCAUUCCAUUGCGGCGUCUCGACCCCUCCCUAGCCGUGGCCUUCGUUUGCCGCACCGAAGCUGACUUUGACGACCUCUGUGCUCACCUCCUCGCCGAUAAACUCUCGUCAUCCCUCUUUGAAGUUCACGAGACUCGCCCUCGAAACAUUCCCCCGCCUUCCUUUACCUCUCUCCGCACUCCUGAGGAGUGGGGCGAGCUUUUCGCCUCCUCUGGCCCCGCGAUCCCUGCCUCGCCCACUCCUCUGACUUCCAAAUGUAAAGCGGAUGGAGACUUCGAGCUGGUGUAG